CGCCCCUGCGCGCUAUCACAUGAAUCUGGACCGUGCGCUGGAUGUGAGAAAAGCUUGGAGAUCUCGGAGAAAGCCUUAUCCCCCCCCCGAAGUCCCUUUAUUUCAUUUUUCUUUCGUAAGAGGCCCUUUCCUCCCCUCGGACUCUCGGGGUUUGAUUUCGCUGAGGUCUGAGGAGCGCACAAGCCCGUCUGGCUCCUGCAGGACUCCGGAGAGGAAACGCUCUGGCUGCUUGAAGAUUUGCUUCGACUCUGACUUCUGGCGACAUGGACGCGCACCGGAGCGGACGGCAGGUCGUGCACGUCCGCGGGGACUCGCAGAAGGAGCUGGAGGCCCUGUUCAGUAGGGUGAUGAACCCCAGCGAGGCGUCCAGGCAGCCGUCGUCGGUUCCGAUGAGGAUGAGGAAGCUGCCCGACUCCUUCUUCAAGCCCCCGGAGCCCCGCGGACACUCUAGACAAGCCAGUUCGGAUGGAGGCGUGUGUGGUUCCCUCACUCCCCAUCACAGCCGGACGGUUUCCGCCCCCGCUGCGCUCCCCGUCAACUCCCUCUCCACCCAAGCAGCAGAUGUCGCGGCGACAUCGAUCAUACCUGACGAUGUGCCACUCCCCCCUGGUUGGGAAAUGGCCAAAACUCCCGCUGGCCAGCGAUACUUCCUGAAUCACCUGGAUAAGACAACCACGUGGCUCGACCCUCGUCUCUCGCAGCUCCAGUCGGCUCAGCAUCCCAUCGCCAACGCCCCGGUCCAUUCCCACUCCUUCAGCAACCCUGCGCCCACCACACAAGCACAAAGCGUCAACCCGGAGUCAGGUCCACUGCCUGAAGGCUGGGAGCAGGCUGUGACUCCAGAGGGAGAGAUGUACUACAUCGAUCACAUAAAUAAGACCACCACAUGGGUCGACCCGCGUCUAGCUCAGAAAAUGAGCCCUGGUGUCCUCAGCUUGGCAAUGCAAAGGCAGGAAAAGCUCAGAUGCAAGCAAGGCGCGCCCCCACAAGUCACACAACAGGAGGGAGCAGGAAGGAACCAAAUGUCUGCUGGUUUGGACCACGACAGGAGCGGUCAGGUACUUGUCCCAUCAGUGGAUGCCAGGAUCCGAGCCCCAAACCAUGAAACUGCAAUGAACGGAGCUCACUCUCGCAAUGAGAGCACGGACAGCGGUCUGAGCGUCAGCAGCCUGCCGCGCACGAACGACCACAUGCUGAGCCCUGUGGAUCACAUGGAUACUGGUGACCCCAGUGAACCCCCAUCGAUGGCCCUGCAGGAGCCGAUGCUCCCCAUGAGUGAAGGCGAGGAGCUGAUGCCCUGCAUCCCUGAAGGUCUGAGCUCAGACCUCCUGAUGGAUAUGGAGACUGUUCUCUCCGGCUCACACAUGGACAGGGACAAUCUGCUCACCUGGCUAUAGGCACAGGGCACAGCCACCAGGCCAGGCAUGACUUUCCAUCACGUCUCCGUAACAUGACUGCGAGUUCUGAAGUAUUUUUGGAUUCAAAAUUGGUACAGAACAUAAUUUAGUUGCGUGAUGGAUGCUAACUCUACUCACAGGAAUGAGUGAAGCGACAGUCUUACACGGUGGUAAGCAGCUUGUUUUCUUGUCUGCUUUCACAGUGAUGCCAAGCUGAUCAACAUCUUUUUGAUUCUUUUAUUAUUAUUUUUUGCCUUUAAGCUUAAUUGAUGCUUUGCCUCUGGUUGAGCAUGUCACAUCUAUUUUUAAUAACUGUUUCCAACAGUUAGGAAGGGUUUGUAACAGACUAUUUUUUACCACAGAGUUGAGGAAAGUUGUUUCUGUACUCGUUACCAAAAAUUCGUAGAUAGCAAUGAUGCUGCAAAUUAAUUUUUUUAAAGCUAAAUAUUGGCCUACAGGAUCAAAUGGUGACACGUUGCUCCAUCUGCACACAGUAACUUUUAUUUUUAGAAAUUGAUUAGAUCCAGCCAAGGUAUAAGCUCAGAAACUAUUAAUACUGCAAAGACGGCAUAAAGGGGUGAAAGGGGGCCCCCUGGUGGUAAGCUUGAAGAGAAUUUAACACUAAUGGAGUUGAUCUUUGCUCCCAAUCUGUCAGUGAUAAAAGUUUGCAAAUGUUUUAUGCUAAGGUGUUCUUGAAGCAGAAAGUCUCAGUCUGAGCCGACAGAUCAAAGUUUUUAUUAAGCACCUUCAAAAAUACCAGAGAACUGACAAUGACUUCUGAGUCUUGGGUCAUCUUUGCUUCAUACAAAGGAUGUCUUCAGUCAACGAACUCAUGAUCGAUGUCAUGCAGACCGACACAAACAGGAUUUCCCCUCAGAAACUGCCAGAAAAACUUCUUUGGUCUUGUUGUUUGCAGUUUUUUUCCCCCAAACUGACCCACCGCCAUUCAGAAAUAAUGCAAAAGUCUUUCUGUCUUAGGAAAUUACUAAUAUAUUGACCCUGUUGAUGCAGUUUGACUGUGCCUACCGUUGAAUAUAAACUUUGAAACAUUAUCAUUGCUUAUCAUCAACUUCAAAACUCGAUUGUAAUAUUUCCCUUGUUCAUUUAUUUUAGCUUCUUUUUACCAUAUUUUGCCAUUUAAAGUCCUGAGUUUCAUCUCAUGGAAACUCUAACUUUUGAAGUGAUAUAAAACUUUUACAAAUCGUAUUUAUAUCACUUUUUUACCCCAACAUUAAUUGAUAUGUUAAAAUUGGCUUCAUAAAGUGUGCGUUUGCUCUUUGUCUUGCCCUUUUGCAACAUAAAACUGUCAAUUUGGUGAGGAAUCCUAUCAUCUGGAGGACAUUCAAGGAUUAAACAAAUCAGAGAGACUCAAAUAUUCAGUAUUUAAAAUCUAGUCUAGAAAACAUCAUUUAAGUAUUUGUCUUAGUUACAUUUUGAAUUCUGAAUUUAUAAGGAGCAGAUUGGACACCAUUUUGUGGACUUUCCAGUUCACUACAUACAGGAACAAUUCAAAAAAACAUCCUUAAUUUGUCAAUUAUACAAAGAUUUGUUAAUGGCACUCUACAGGAAACAUAAUCCUCUGUGACUAAACAUGAAGAAAAUAGACUUUUUUAAUGUAUUUUAACUUUAUAAAAGCAACACAAUUUGGGGAAGGAGUUUAUGUCAGUUCCAAACAUAAUCAGCAAUAAGUAUCCAUCUUUUAUACUACCUCCUAUACAACAAAUAUAUCAUCAUUUUUUUUUAUCUGUUUGGUUAUUUCUAUUUUAUGCUUGUACUAUCCACAAUUUAAAAAGAUAAUGUAUUAUUCAUACGUUUUUUUCCCAAUCAGCCCUAAUUUGAAAAAUAAUUCAUCUUGCUGAGGUACUGCAGAGAUAAAAGCCUUAAGUCACAGCUCCCCCCCCCAAAAAAAACAAAGUUUGUAUUCCCCUUACAGUCAAUGUGCCGCUCGUGAAGAAAAGCACUAACUAGAUUAUUAUUUAUCGUAGCAUGCAUGUCAUUUGCUAUAUAAAUUACAUAUGAUGUUUAUUGACUUAUUUACAGACUUUUGUGGCAGUCAGGUUUGAUUUUUUUUAUAUCUGUUUAUGCAUGUUUUAUAUAAAAUCCUUUGUAAUCAUUUUCAAGAGUUCCUGUUUAAUAAACUUUUAAAUAUAAUGUUUCA